AUGCAUUCUGUAGCCACUGUGGGAGUUAACCUGGCUCCACUUGUGUUUAAAUUGCAGGAUCUGCUCUCGUCUUUGCCUGCCAAUCCCUGACUGGGCCGAACACUGAGAAGGAUUCAGAGUUUGUUUCUGAACUAAUCAAACAGCUCACUAUGGAAACCAUUGGCGAGAUCAUCCCGUUCGCUAAGGAGAUGCUAAACCAGAGGCCGAGCCGGAGCAUGCUGAAGAUCUACAUACUUGGCUCCACUCUGGCAAUGCUCGGACUCGUCGGUGGACUGGUGGAAACUGUGUUCCUGCCGUUUAUGGAACAGGAUACUGUCGAGGACGCACCAGCAGAGCUGAUCAUGGAGAAGAAGAAGGAAAAGGAGGAGGAGGUGUUGGAGUCGGUUAGCCCUGAAGUUGAGGACGUGCUGGAGACGGAAGUGAUCGAGGCCAAGGCCAAACAUGUGUUGGCUAGGCGGAGAAGCUCCUACCGCUUACAUGCGUCUUAAAGAAACCCUGCCCCCCUGAUGUAAAUGGACACGACAAUGGCAAUGUUGAUGGUAAUGGUGGUAAAUUAAAUCACCACUUUGAACUUGUCUCUUUGCUCUCAUUUUAUUGUGUCAGAUUUUGUUAAAUAUGCAAUUUGUCCCUGGUGUCUGGCAAAAAAUGAGUGGAUACACUGAAAACUGUAUGGUGCAGUGAUGUCUGGCUGCUGGGCAGCAGAUAUUUGUGGAUGUGACUUGAUGAAUGUGUUGGGGAAAAUGUGUAAUGUGUGUGAUUUAAUUAAUUUUACACUCUAAUAAAACUAUUUUCAGGUA